UGCGGCCGCCAUGUUGCCUGAGCAGAACGGGGGGUGGUGGCGUCGGUGGUGAUCGCUCCGAGUCGUCUUCUCCCUCCUCCUCCUCCUCCUCCUCCCCCCCUUUCCCCUUACCCGCCUGCUCACCCUCUUUCCUUCCUUCCCUUCCCCCACCUCGUCCUCCCGGGGGCUGCGGCGGAGCGGGCUGAGGGGGCAGCUGCGUGCUCCGGGAGGCGGCGCAGCAUGAGUGUCGGCGGGGGGCGGGUGUGCGACCUGUCCCGCAGGAACCCCCAGGAAGACUUCGAGCUCAUCCAGCGCAUCGGCAGCGGCACCUACGGCGAUGUCUACAAGGCUCGGAAUGUUAACACAAGUGAACUGGCUGCAAUUAAAGUAAUAAAAUUAGAACCAGGUGAAGAUUUUGCUGUUGUGCAGCAGGAAAUCAUUAUGAUGAAAGAUUGUAAACAUCCAAACAUUGUUGCUUAUUUUGGCAGCUAUCUCAGACGUGAUAAAUUGUGGAUUUGCAUGGAGUUCUGUGGAGGUGGUUCAUUACAGGACAUUUACCAUGUGACUGGACCACUUUCAGAACAACAGAUUGCUUAUGUAAGCAGAGAGACACUGCAGGGAUUGUAUUACCUGCACAAUAAAGGAAAAAUGCAUAGAGAUAUAAAGGGAGCGAAUAUUCUUUUAACUGAUAAUGGCCAUGUAAAGUUGGCCGAUUUUGGAGUAGCAGCACAAAUAACAGCUACAAUUGCAAAAAGGAAAUCUUUCAUUGGAACUCCAUACUGGAUGGCCCCUGAGGUUGCUGCGGUUGAAAGGAAAGGUGGAUAUAAUCAACUUUGUGACCUUUGGGCAGUUGGGAUUACUGCUAUUGAACUAGCAGAACUUCAGCCUCCAAUGUUUGAUUUGCAUCCCAUGAGAGCACUGUUUUUAAUGUCAAAAAGCAACUUUCAGCCUCCCAAACUAAAGGACAAAAUGAAAUGGUCAAAUAGCUUUCAUCAUUUUAUCAAAAUGGCACUUACAAAGAAUCCUAAAAAAAGGCCUACAGCUGAAAAACUAUUACAGCACCCUUUUAUUACCCAGCCUUUAAGCCGGACACUUGCUAUUGAACUAUUGGAUAAAAUGAAUAAUCCUGAUCAUUCCACUUAUCAUGAUUUUGAUGAUGAUGAUCCUGAGCCUCUUGUACCUCAUAGAAUUCACUCAACAAGUAGAAAUGUGAGAGAAGAAAAAACACGCUCUGAAAUAAACUUUGGUCAAGUAAAAUUCGAUCCUCCUUUAAGAAAGGAGACAGAGCCACAUCAUGAGUUCCCUGACAGUAACGAUUUUUUGGACAGUUCAGAAGAAAUAUACUACACUGCAAGAUCUAAUCUGGAUUUGCAGCUAGAAUAUGGUCAUGGUCCUCAAGGCAGUUACUUCUUGGGUGCAAAUAAGAGCCUUCUAAAAUCAGUUGAAGAAGAACUACAUCAGCGGGGACAUGUAGCACAUCUAGAAGAUGAAGAUGAAGUGGACAGUGAUGAUUCCAAACAUUCAACCAUGAAAGCAAAGGUGCCACCUCCUUUGCCACCAAAGCCUAAAUCCAUCUACGUUCCACAGGAAAAUCAUACUUCUGAGGAUGAUAAUCAAGGAACUAUUAAAAGAUGUCCUAUUACAGAGAGUCCUGCAAAAUCAAACACUCAAGUCCCUCCUAGACCACCACCCCCUCGGUUACCUCCACAGAAAUCAAACAUUUUAGGUAAUGGAUUUAAUUCUGUGCAAUUAAAUGGUGACAAGGAAAGUUCUCAUCAAGAACCAACUGAGAAUAGGCACACUAAUCCUAGGAAAGAAAGAAAGGAAAUAUUGAAGCCAAUUAGUAACGGUCUUCCUCCUACACCAAAAGUACAUAUGGGUGCUUGUUUUUCAAAGGUUUUCAAUGGAUGCCCCUUGAAAAUUCACUGUGCAACUUCAUGGAUAAAUCCUGAUACAAGAGAUCAGUACUUAAUAUUUGGUGCUGAGGAAGGUAUUUAUACCUUAAAUCUUAAUGAGCUUCAUGAAACAUCAAUGGAACAGCUAUUUCCCCGACGAUGCACAUGGCUAUAUGUAAUGAACAAUUGCUUGCUGUCAAUAUCUGGUAAAGCUUCUCAGCUUUAUUCUCAUAAUUUGCCAGGAUUAUUUGACUAUGCACGGCAAAUGCAGAAGUUACCAGUGGCUAUACCAGCACAUAAACUACCUGACAGAAUACUUCCCAGGAAGUUUGCAGUGUCUACAAAAAUCCCUGAUACCAAAUGGUGUCAAAAAUGUUGUGUGGUGAGGAAUCCUUAUACAGGACACAAAUAUCUUUCUGGGGCACUUCAGUCUAGUAUUAUUCUACUAGAAUGGGUUGAACCAAUGCAGAAAUUCAUGUUAAUCAAGCACAUAGACUUUCCUGUACCAUGUCCACUGAGGUUGUUUGAAAUGCUUGUAGUGCCUGAACAGGAAUUCCCUUUGGUUUGUGUUGGUGUAACUAAAGGGAGAGAUUUCAACCAAGUAGUGAAAUUUGAAACUAUCAAUCCAAAUUCUACCUCUUCAUGGUUUACAGAAACAGAUACUACACAGACAACUGUUGUACAUGUAACACAACUAGAGAGAGAUACCAUUUUAGUCUGCUUGGAUUGCUGUAUAAAAAUUGUAAAUUUGCAAGGCAGAUUAAAAUCUAGUCGAAAACUGUCCUCCGAACUCACCUUUGAUUUCCAAAUCGAAUCAAUAGUUUGCUUACAAGAUAGCGUUUUGGCUUUUUGGAAGCAUGGAAUGCAAGGCAGGAGUUUUCGUUCAAAUGAGAUCACCCAGGAAAUUUCUGACAGUACAAGAAUAUUUAGACUCCUUGGAUCUGACAGAGUUGUGGUACUGGAGAGUAGACCAACAGAUAAUCCUACUGCCAAUAGCAACUUGUACAUCUUAGCAGGUCAUGAGAACAGUUACUGAGAGGCAACAAGAUAAGGAAACACUACUGCUUCAAUACAUCUGACAGCAAUUGCACAAAAGCGAAAGGAUCCCAACCACAGUUAUUUUGUAAUUUAUUGUAGUGUAUGAGUAUGAGUGAGAACAAGAAUGCUUGCCUGAAUGAUAUGCAUAUGAUUAGCACAUUCUACAGAACUCUUGAUUCACUAUUAUGUAAUGUUUGUACAUAUAUGCAGUAUUUUUUGUUGAAGUGUAUUACUGGAGGCCUCUCUUGAUUUUUCUGUAGAUAAUGAACAAAAUGUUUUACUUGUACAGAUAUGUAAAGUUUGCUGAGGACAGAAAAUUGUGUUUGGGUACUAUUUUAAGGACUAAUGGGAUGCUAUUGAUAAACAGUGCAUUUAAAUAACACUAUUGUAUUUUAUUAUGUAAUUUACUAAUAUAAAUAAAUCUUAUCUUUUAGACAUUGUAAUCAAGGCAGUAAUCCUAUUACAAUCUUGUUUUUAGUUCUAUGCAAGUACACUGGUGUUUUGGUUGCACAAAGUGUUAAUAUGUAAUGUAUUCAGUCACAAAAGUACAUUUGUGGAAAUAAUUUAGGCGUUAUAAUUUUAGCUUAUUUAGGUAGUUCUCUUUGUGAAACCAGCCAAUUGAACACCUAUAUUUUUAUAUUUAAGGAAAAUUCUCUUUAAUUAUUUUCUAUGCUUGGAGAAAAAAAAUACCUAUUUUGAAAUGGGAAUAAAUCCAAUAGUGGUACCUUGGUGUAAUUAUAAGUGUGUACAAUGAUAAUAUAAGCUUUAUUAUGAUGAGUCUUACUAGCUUCUAUAUCAUGCAAAAAUUUACAGCACUCCACACUGUGGAAGUGUUUAAAUAUUUGGAGUUAGAUCCAGAUAGCCAUGUGCAAAAGGCCUUAGUACUGUAUGCAGUACUUUGCAGAUAUUCAUUAGCACUUGCAUUAAAACAACGUAUACAUUUUCCUUCAUUAAGAAGAGAUUGACUAUCACUAAUGAAUUGCCAUUGUACCCUAUUGGAUCUGCAGAGCUCCUCUCUGAUUCUUAUAGGAUGAUAGGGCCAUAGGGCUCCUGCUGGAUUCCAUGUGUAGACAGAAGCUUUUCUUAUAGCGAGGAAUAUGAAUCAAUGGUUUUAAAAUUGCAUUCAAGGAUCUUUGCUCUUCCUCAGACAUAGCAACAAAGUUUUCAAACAAAAAAUCAGUAACAGAGGAAAGCAUUUCUUUAAAAAAGGAAAUGCUUAUUGCAACUGGUUUUCCCAACCCUAACCCUCACCCUAACCCUAACCCUAACUUCAGAACAAAUGUAGACUGGCCUCCGUUCAGGAGCUGGAAAGCCAGCAACUCAUAUGCACCCUAACAACAUGAGUGGUGAAAUUAUGAUCUUCCUUGUGAUGCUGAGCUACAACUUCUAAAUGCCAGUUGUGAGGGAAACUAGAGUAUAUUAAUAAUUAGUAGAGGAUAACAGCUUCUUGGCACUAAUAUAUAACAUGCAACAUGCACAUAUGUUUUUCUGAAAAGAAGGAUGCUUCCAACCCACUGCCAUCAAGGACACCAUAUAUUGACUACCUGUUUUGGAGAAAAAGUGAUACUAGGUGGGGCAACUGUUUUAAGGAAUCUUGCUUUUGUUUAAAAAAUGUUUUGCCUUACUACUGUUGUCACAUUUUUUUCUCUUAAUGUCUUAACACCUAGCCAGAAUUAUUUAGUUACUACCUCACAAAAUUAAAUGGUUAUAACACAUUCACAGGAAUUUUAGUUUUGAGCAAAACUGUUCUGAUUCUUUUCAGUGCGAUAUGUAGAUGCCAUGUUUUAGGGAUAAUACAUACUUUUUUGUAUAUGUUCUUUAUACUGUGAUAUAAAGUAAGAACAAAGUACAUUAAAACUGAUUUAUGGUCUGUAUUGUUGUUGGUAAUGAAUAUUUCCUUAUGUAUAUAAUGUAAAAUAAAGUUUUUAACAUGUUUGUUGUUCA